AUGUCUGACGGUGUAGACAGUCAUAUAUUGAGAAGUUACGAUAUUCAGAAACGUUUAGGCAAAGGCGCAUAUGGUAUUGUCUGGAAAGCAACCGAUAAAAGAUCAAAAGAAGUUGUAGCAUUAAAAAAAAUAUUUGACGCAUUUCGAAAUCAAACAGAUGCUCAAAGAACCUACCGUGAAAUCGUAUUUCUACGUGAAUUUGGUGAACAUCCGAAUAUCAUUCGUUUACAAAAUGUUCUUCGUGCCGACAAUGAUCGUGACAUUUAUCUUGUUUUUGAAUUUAUGGAGGCUGAUUUACACAAUGUAAUUCGAAAGGGAACUAUUCUCAAAGAUACACAUAAACGUUAUGUUAUGUAUCAGUUAUUAAAAGCUAUGAAAUAUUUACAUUCUGCAAAUGUUAUUCAUCGUGACAUGAAACCAUCCAACGUUCUUAUAAAUCAGCAAUGCAGAGUGAAAUUGUGCGAUUUUGGACUAGCAAGAUCACUUAAUUAUGUGUACGAAGAUGUUCAACAUCCAGCGUUAACAGAAUAUGUUGGUAAGUAUCAAAAUCCAUGUUUUAGAGGAUCAACAAGGUGGUACCGAGCACCUGAAAUUCUUCUGGCAUCAUCCAAAUAUACCAAAGGUGUCGAUAUGUGGUCUAUUGGUUGUAUUCUGGGAGAAAUGUUACUUGGAAAACCGUUAUUUCAAGGAACGUCUACGUUUAAUCAGUUAGAAAGAAUAUUACAACAUAUCGCUUCACCCAGUCAAGCGGCCUGUAUAUCGUCACAAUAUGGACCUUCAGUUCUCGAAAGAGCAGCGGCAGGACCGAAAAAAUCAUUAGAUAAUUUAAUACCAAGUGCCAAUGAUGAUACUCUGGAUUUACUCAAGAGACUUUUACAUUUCAAUCCAGACAAACGUAUAACAGCCGAAGAAGGUUUACGUCACAAUUACGUGAUCUCAUUUCAUAAUCCAAAUGACGAGAUGAUAAAAGGCUACGAUGUUGUUCCACAAUUAAGUGAUGAUAUUCAGUUAACUGUAGAAGAAUACCGAAAGAAAUUAUAUGAACUAAUUCAAUUACGAAAAGUAUCAGCUAAACCGGGAAAUGUUGUGUCAAAUCAUAACUCAAAUUCCGAUGUGGGCAUUGUUAAUCGUACUACUAACGUUAUUCAACCGACUCGUUCCGUAUAUAGUGCAUCGGAAAAUAAUAAUAAUAACGAAGUUAUUGCGCAACAGGCACAGUAUCACGGAACAAGCGCUUAUAUUGAUCAGUCCGAGUACGAUUCAUACAAAAAACAUAUAUCCAACACACAAACAACAAAGCCAUCGACCAAUAAUAAUCAUAAUAGUAAUUACAAUAGUGAAUCAACAUCUUCUGUUAUACAUGGACGAUCGCACGCUAAUAAUACUAACAAUGAUGGAUUCAAAAAUAGACAAAGACAAUAUACAAACGAUGUGGAUGAAGAUUAUACAGAAAAUGUUGGACAAUAUUCCAAAGGUCCUACUCCACCUUACUCAUCAUUAUUAGGACGUUCACACAGUUACAAUGGAAUGAGUUCAACUCAAGGACAGACAAGAGUUUUAAGUACAAAACAACGAACAACAUCCAAUUCAAAUAUAACAUAUCAAAAAUCAAGUGCGGCUGCUAUCCGUGAAAAAUCAGCAAAUCGUGGAUAUCGUUCUGGUUCAGCACCAACGCCCACACCUCCACCCAAAACUUCUGGAUAUUAUUCAAAACGACCAACCGUUGUAUUUGGUAGUGAUCCAGAGAGAAAUGGUACACAAGCAAACGUCAAUAAUAAAUUUAUUGCUAAUCUUCGACCGAACUCAGCCGAUACAAGGUCUAAAAAUCGUUUUACUUCUACGCAAACAAACUCAGCAUCGAAUGGAAGUAACGGCUAUUUACAAAAUUCAUCAUCGACUUUUGGAUUCUAUUCAAAUCAAUCUGCUGCAAGGCGGCCACAGGCGAAUUAUAAUAAUAUGACAUCAUCGAUGGCGGCUAGAGAUAAUCUUGGCGGCUAUAAUCAAGCGAACGGAACAAUUUCACAAAAUGGUUUACGAGUUCUAGAUGGAUUACUCCAUCAUCCGUCUUAA